CAAGUGUUUCCAAACAAGUGGCCAGGUAGUGGAAGCACAAGGUGUGUGUUGCGGCGGCUCAGCAAGGCAGCAUGUGGAGAUGAUGAGACUCUCUAACCAGGGUUCUGCGCUCUGGAAUUGCCAAUCAGCUGUGCAGAAGUCAGACUUCAUUUCAGCCCUUGCAUCCUUCCAUUCGCUGCACUUCCUGGCAUUGACAGAGACCUGGAUCACCCCCAUGAACUCAGCAACUCCAGCAGCACUGUCCACUGCCUUUCACUUCUCUCAUUCCCCACGGCAGUCUGGCAGGGGUGGUGGCACAGGUCUGCUCUUGUCUCGAAAAUGGCGUUUCACUCCACUUGCUUUUUCUCAUCUUUCAAUUUCCUCAUUUGAGUACCAUGCUGUCACUGUAUCUUUCCCCACUAAACUUCACAUCAUUGUUCUUUAUCGUCCUCCCUCUCCUCUAGGCUACUUCAUUGAUGAGUUAGACACUCUACUGAGUCUUUUCUCCAUCGACGAAACCCCACUCAUACUCUUGGGAGACUUCAACCUGCCACCAGACAAGCUGCAGUCAUCCUGCCUGUUACCACUGCUAUCGUCCUUCAACCUCAUUCUCAACGAGACUCCUCCGACGCACAGAGCAGGCAACGCUUUGGACCUGAUCAUCACCAGACCCAUCUCUGCGCUGGAUGUGACAGUAACUCCCAUGCAUCGCUCUGAUCACCAUUUCCUAUCUUUCUCACUUGCCCUCCCUGUUAAUCCUGUCCAUUACACCCCUUUGUACUCCUCUUCUCGGCCCAACUUGCACUCCACUCCUUCCUCAUCUUUCACCUCAACUAUCCUGAACACCCUUCCCCAUCCUGACUCAUUUUCCUCUCUCUCACUGAACAAGGCCACGGAUGCUUUCCUUUCUUCACUCUCAUCCGCAAUUAACCUCCUGUAUCCUCUCUCCUCCAGGCCAGCAAGAUCUUCCCCACCUGCCCCCUGGCUGACAGGUGUCCUGCGCAGCAACCGACAAGAUCUAAGGAAGGCUGAGAGAAGGUGGAGGAAAUCCCAGAUUGACUCAGAUCUUCACUCCUAUCAGUCUCUCCUUUCCAAGUUCUCUCUUGAAGUUACUGCUGCAAAAUCAUCAUUUUACAAAGGGAAACUGGAAGCAUCAGCAAGGGAUCCACGCAAGCUCUUCAACAUUUUCUCCUCCCUUCUCACCCCUCCUCCUCCCCCUGCACCCUGUUCUCUCACCCCUGAGGAUUUUGUCACCUUCUUUGAGGAGAAGGUUGAUAGAAUCCACCACUCUUUUCCCUCUGUCCCCAUACCUUCCACUAGACCGCAUCAUCUCAUUCUCGAUCCCUUAGGCUGUUUCUCUUCUCUUUCCACAGAUGCUGUCCUUCAACUGAUCAAGUCCAGUAACCCAACCACAUGCCCACUGGAUCCAAUCCCAUCUGCUUUGUUUCAGUCAAUCUCUGAGGACCUAUUGCCCUUCAUCACAUUUCUCAUCAACGAGUCUUUGACGUCGGGUGAAGUUCCAGCAACUUUCAAGAUGGCAAGAGUGCUCCCCAUCUUGAAGAAACCCACGCUUGACAGCUCUGAUGUCAACAACUACAGACCGAACCAGCUCCAAGACCCCAACCAGUCUGGCUUCAAACCAGCACACUCUACAGAAACUGCCCUCAUCGCAGUGACUGAGAACCUCCAAUCUGCAAGAUCGGCCAAAUUGUCUUCUGUCCUGAUCCUUCUUGAUCUCUCAGCAGCUUUUGACACAGUCAACCAUACGAUCCUUCUGGACACCCUCACCAACCUCGGAAUCACUGGUUAUGCAUGGAAAUGGUUCAAGUCCUACCUGGAGGAUUGCUCUUAUCAGAAGCACAACCCAGGCUGGUCCCCCAGUUAG